CGACAUUCUGGGUGUCAAUAAUCCGAUGCUUGUGAUAGACUGAAAGUGAAGCGUAUGUCGCACCUCUCAAGAUGGCUGAGGAGAAUACCCAAAUUGAAUUCUGCACUUUGGGAAUGCUCAUCAUAGAUGAAAUUCAUCCGUCGCCAAAUUCACCCGAUCAAACAAUUCAGAAAGACAUCCUAGGCGGCGCGGGAACCUACUCAGCACUAGGCGCCCGACUGCUGAGUUCGAAGGCCCAAGAAGCCAAAUCCAUCGGCUGGAUCAUUGACGUCGGGUCCGACUUUCCUGAGAAAAUUCGAUCUACGAUAGAAUCAUGGGGAACGACCGCCGUGUUUCGUAAGCGACCUGAAGGCGAGCUCACAACUCGAGGCUGGAACGGCUACAGCGGGAACGAAGUCCGAGCCUUCAAAUAUCUGACCGAAAAGAAACGGCUGACAGCGCGUGACUUGAGCCCUGCGCUUCUCAACGCCAAGAGCUUUCAUUUUAUCUGCGGAGGCGCGAGAUGUCUCACGGAAGUCAUGCAAAUAUUGGACCUUAGACGCGAAGAAAACGAGAAGAACAAGCAAUCAUCAGACCCCAAUAUCCCGAGCCCUCGUCCGCUGAUCGUCUGGGAGCCUGUCCCUGAUCUUUGCGUUCCGCUGGCGUUACCCGAGACAUGUCGAGUGCUAUGCAUGAUCGACGUGAUCAGUCCCAAUCACGCCGAACUUGGCGCUUUCUUCGAAUACACUCAUCCUGAAACCCACGUCGACCGCGAGACGGUGGAGGCGCACGCGCAGCAAUUCAUAGCGUGGGGAAUCGGCCGGGACAAGAAAGGCGCGAUCGUCGUUCGGUGCGGUGCGGAAGGUUGUUAUGUACAAAACUCUGAAGUCAAGAGAUGGUUGCCAGCGUAUCACACGUCUGAAGAUUCGUCUCACGCGAAUGAUGAUGCAACAAACUCGAGCGGUAAAGUCGUCGACCCGACCGGUGGUGGUAAUGGCUUCCUCGGGGGUCUCGCUGUGGGAAUGGUGAGGAGCGGAGGAGAUAUUGUAGAAGCGGCGCUGUGGGGUAGUAUUGCGGCGAGCUAUUGCAUCGAGCAGGUCGGGAUGCCGGAAUUGACGGCGGGGGCUGAUAAUGCGGAGCGAUGGAACGGAACGGUGGUGCGCGAGAGGUUAGAGGAGUUCCGGAAACGAGUAGAUCUCGGAUAAGAGCUUCCAGACGAAAAAGCUGGAGUAGCAAGAAGAGCAUUAUCGCUGCAUAUUGAACUCUCAAUAUGAGCAACGGGUUCAUUCUGUCCAAAGUUCCGUGUGCAUCGCUUCGAACCGUGUAGUUGCUUGAUGAUGCAAACGCCCGCCUCCGAACGU